UUCUCCUGCCAGCCUCCUUCCCAGCCAGGAUGCCUCAGACCCUCAAGCUGGCCAGCCGGGCCUCCCUGCUCUCCAGGGCCUUCCCGGAGAUCCUGGCCGAGCUGGGCUUCAAGGCGCCCGUGAGAGUCAUCAAGACCCACAAGACCCUGGAGGACAUGCCAGGACCCAGCGCCCUGAGCUUCUUCCGGGACCUCUUCUGCAAACGGGGGCUGGCCCGGCUGCACGAGCUCCAGAUGGAAGGAAAAGCCAAGUACGGGCCGGUGUGGAAAGCCAGCUUUGGGCCGAUCCUGACCGUUCACGUCGCGGAACCCAGCCUGAUCGAGCAGGUGCUGAGGCAGGAGGGCAAACACCCCAUCCGCUCCGACCUGUCCUCCUGGAAGGACUACCGGGUGUGCCGCGGCCACGCGUUCGGGCUGCUCACCGCGGAAGGAGAGGAAUGGCAGAAGAUCCGCAGCAUCCUGGGCAAACACAUGCUGAAGCCUAAGGAGGUGGAGUCGUACACGGGGACCCUGAGGACUUGCAGAGCCAAGGGCCACAUUGACAAGCGGAUGGCGGAGGUGGCCGAGAAAGUCUCGCGGGGGGAGACGGUGGACGGCAAAUACCUCACUUACUACCUCGCCCAGGAGAAGCUGUCCAUGAAAUCCAUCUACGGCAACGUGACCGAGCUGCUGCUGGCCGGGGUGGACACGAUUUCCAGCACGCUGUCCUGGAGCCUGUACGAGCUGUCCCGGCACCCCCGGGUGCAGGCGGCGCUGCACGAGGAAAUCACCGGGGUGAUGAAAGGCGGGGCCGUCCCGUCGGCCGCGGACGUGGCCCAGAUGCCGCUGCUGAAGGCGGUGGUGAAGGAAAUCCUGAUGCACUUUGAGGUGAAGCCGGAGCCGGAGGGGGGCCCGGUCAGGCCCAUGACCCGCACCCUGCUGGUGCCCGAGACGGACAUCAACCUGCAAUUCCUGAGCCGCUAAUGCCAGCAGAGA